AUGGGAGCGGAUCAGUCAUCAACCUCGAAGUUUGAGAAUUGUGACGAUGUUAAAGUCGUCAAUAUCGCUCCACGAAUUUCUGGCAAAGAUGCGAAUUUCCUGAAACUCGAACUAGGUCAACUUAGGGAAGAAAUCACCGAGCUCAAGGCUCUCGUAGAGAAUAAGUCAAAGAAGAAAGCGAAGAAAGAAGUAUUGGGAUCCAGCCUUGAUCAUACUACGGCGUAG